CGGCGGUAAUAUUUUAUCGCUUUGCCCCGGGAAUUCUGACUCCGCCGCCCCGAUGCCAGCCGCCGCCGGGCCGCUGCGCCCCUGCCGCCGCCCAGGCCGUAGCCACGACCCGCGGACCUAGCGACCCAAGGUUGUCUUGGCACCUGCAGGGGGAGUGCUGGAGGCACUGGUUACACCUGGCACCUGUCUGCACACCUGUACCUGUCUGCACACCUGUACACACACCUGUCCACCGACAGGUGACUUCAGCUGUCAUCACACCAAAACUGGUGGGAACUGUGUAUACGUCGGUGUUUAAAGGUUAGACAUCCAGGUUUGGACCCUCCUAUUCCCAUCCUCACAAGACUGAUGACAUCAUGAUGCACACGGCACGCUCUGUUUUGCACACGUCCCCCUUCUCCUCCCCACCCCUGGCCCUCCUCCAUCUCCUCUCCUCCUGGCUGCUGUUGCCGGGUUACCACAGCUUCGGCGGCCUCAUGUGCGGCUUCCGCCUCCUCUCGUCUGAGUUUCCGUGGCAACACUGGUUCAUCGCCCGGACAGUGUUUGUCAGCCCAGUCUUUGCUUUCCUCAUGAUCCUGACCCUCCCCCUCACUGCGCUCGGAUGGACUCUCCGCAUGCUGACCUCACCCUUCAGGAACCCAUUCGUGUACUGCAGUUCCCCGGAUGUUCCCGGCCCUGAGGAGGUGGGUCUCAAACCGAAGUUUUCCAUCUGCACCACAAACCUGUGUCUGCUGCCCGACGCCUGCGCCAGGUUCAACAACCUUAGCGACGGCUACUGGCGAGCGGGGGAGAUCGCCUCCCGAAUCGUCUCAUCCCAGCAGCGGGGGGGAAACCUUGCAUCUCCCCCCGGCCACAUCCCCUCCAAGGGGCAGGGCAACAUUGUCCCUCCCCCCGCCCAGAACGGCCAGCCAAACGGGCCCCUGCACGGGGAGACUCCCUACAACCUCCGGUCCCGGAAGGGCGGCCGACCCGCACCCCAGAACGCCAUCCCACCAACCGUUCCACCUCAGAACACCUUACCGCGGUCCGAUCCCGUUGGAGAGGAUGAGUUCUCGCACGCGGUGGAGUCGCAGUUCCCGGCGCUGGACUUCCUCUGCUGCCAGGAGGUGUUCGACCAGGAAGCCACGAGGAGGCUGGUCGCCGGGCUACAGCGGCAUUUCGGCCACGUCAUCUACGAGCCAGGCCGGUGGAGUUGGAGCACGAACAUUUGGGCGUUUCACAGCGGACUGCUGUUCGCCAGCCGCUAUCCGGUCCUCGCUGCCGAGUUCCGGCCCUUCUCUGCAGCCCGCAAACAGGACAGGUGGGCCGCCAAGGGCGCGCUCAUGGUCAAGGUGUUCCUCGGGAAGACCCAGGAUGGGCAGGAGGCUGUAGGUUACAUCACCACCACACACAUGCAGUCCUACCAAGGUCCGUUUGAGAUCCUCCCGCGGCAGCUGGACGAGCUGUUGACGUGGACGGAGGAUUUCCGGCGCCGGACGCUCGGCAGCGACGACAUCCAGGUCUUCGACAUCCUGUGCGGGGACUUCAACUUCGAUAACAUGUCACCAGGUGAGAAGACUGCAAGGGAACAUCCCCUGAUGGAGAAGUAUGUGGACGUGUGUAGGGCCGGGCCGGGCAGGGACAAGCCGUGGACAAUAGGUACAGAGCUGCGGCAGUGCACGUUCUGGGAGACGUCGAUCUCCACUCCGGAGAAGCUGCGUGCGACGCUGCGGAGCAGGAGGCUGCAGGCGCGGUACCUGCUGGACGGAGACGUGACCGACGCGAACAUGGACAUGGUGUGGACCGUACCGGAGGCGCCGGCGGAGGAGGCGGACGUUCCGGACAUCGCGGGGCGGCGCCGGAUAGACUACGUCAUGUACCGGCCUGAUGGGGGGCGGGGAGACCUGUGUGUGGAGAGGUACACCCUGGUGACGCAGCUGGCCAGACUGACGGAUCACAUCCCGGUCUGCCUCACCUUCAACACAGCCGUCAGCUGAAGCACACCUACCGACACUCUCAGGAACUGCAGCUCCUACAGACAUUCUCAGGAACUGCAGCAAAGGCUCUGGUUACCAAAUCAUGGCCCAAACUAGCAAAUCAGACUCCAUAUUCAGGGUCAAAUGACAAGAUUUUACCUUUAUGUGCAAUCUACUGCAAAUACAACUCUUACGCACAUUACAAUCUGAUAGCCUUGAAAUGUAAGCAUAAGGCACUGGGUACUGGAGCUUCUUUCAAGUUCAAGUUGACAAUCAGAUGUUGCUGAUAUCAUACUUUUAUGUGCAAUCUACUAAUAAGUUCCUUCAAGUUAAACACAACAAAUGUACAUGUAUGUUAGAAAUCAGGGAUUUGAUGUGAAACU